AUGUCACUCUUUAAAACAUUACAAAGUCAACCAGCUACUAUUUCUAUAUUUCAUAAUGCUAAAUUACCAUUAUCUAAUAAAUUAUAUAAUUUAUUAAGAUUAGCUUAUAAUAAACAAAUUCAAUUACCUGAACAACCACAAUUUGAAAUUGAUGUAAUGAAAGAUAAAAUGCCAACAUAUGAUCAAUAUUUAAUAUUUGUAAAUCAAUGUCUUAAAGAUAAUCAUUCAAAAACCAGUUUACAUAAAUGUUAUCCAUUUUUAUCUGAUCGAAGAAAACAUUAUUAUGAAUCUCUGGGACAUUCAGUUACAAUUAAAGGAAUUGAUUUCCAUGAUAAGAUUUUUACUCCAGAAGAAUAUGAAAUGAUUCAUGAUACAUUUAAUAGUAUACAAGAAUUAGGUGAUACUCAAAGAGAUGUCUUACCUUCAGAAGUAUUUAAAGCUCCAUUAGUAAUUGAUUGGGAUCAAAAUUUAAUUGCUACUGAUGAAGUGGCAUUAAGAAAAUUAUUAGAAAAAUAUUUACCAAGUCAUUCACAUGAACAACAUCAACAAUAUCCUCAACAACAUCAACAUGCUACUACACCUGCUUAG